UCUACUCUGUCACAGGAAGCAUUUACACAAUCUGAUAUAAAUAGAUGAGUUCUCAUCGUAUGUCUGUAGUUUAAAAAUAUUUCAAAUGUAUUUGGAAAUUGAUUUAAGAUGAAAAAAAUAUAAUAUAUAUUUUUGCAAAAAAAAUGUCAAUGUUAGAACUGACACAUAAGACUUAUGAUAAGUACGAAAAAGUCGAUGAUCUUGAACAUUGAAACUUGCUUUCUGUUAAAAUAUUCUUAGUCUGAUCCUCUUUUUAAAAGCUUCAAGCCUAAGUGACGAAAAUAAAAUGUCAGAUUUUAAAUUAGAAGUUAGACUUUUGACAUAUUAGUUUGAAGUUAUUAGAAUAUGUUAAAAGUCAUCUCUUUCUAGCCUAUCACUGAUACGAGAAUAAAUAGCCGGAGCAUAUUAUAAGCGCUGUACCUGUUGGCUGAAAAAUUGUCACCACCACACAUGAUCAACGACCACCACCAUUCUAUAUGUGGUCCAGGAGGGAAUAGAGACCGGUUCACCAGUAGGCGCAGGAAAUGGAGGACUUGCCAGGGAAUUUUUGAAAACGAUAUAGUGUCACACGCAGGCAAAUGGUUAAUCAACUCAUGCAAAAAACAGCUUCUGGAAAGGCCACACCAGAAAGUGGCAGGAAGGGUCAUACGGGGUUAUAUGCAAGUCUCGAUUAGUAUACAGUCGAGUGUAAAGACGUUCUUUGAACAGAGAGGAUUGACUGAAAUCGUUACAGCGGAUGCAUAUAGUUAGAGAAACGAUUUUUUAAAUUUAUUUAUAUGUUAAUCAUCAAAUUCUAAAUGAUUUUAUAGUAUUAUUUGAUUUUUGUCAAUUGACAGUAUUUUUUUUUUUUUUUUAAUUCUAAACUGUUAUUAUGUUCUAAGGAUUAAUGUGAAGUGCUUUUUUCAAGUGAAAGGAAGAGUUGACACUUCAUUCGCGGAUUGCUUUAAGCGGGAAAAACGUCGGUGAUUCCACCUCGCCGAAGCUGACCGCUUCCGGUCGGAGAAAGAAACUAAUUUUUCUAAAUUUAGUUUUGGAGUCAAUGUAUUGGGAAAAAAAGUACAGCAUAUAUUGAAGGAGCCAAUUCAAAAUCAUGAAAUCAUCGGUUCAACUACAACAAUUUAAAAAAUGUAUGCUUUUAUUCAUGGCGGGCAUUUUAUGCAGUGGAUUAGCAUGUGUCUUGUAUGUAAUAAAUCCUGCGAAAUUAAUUCUGGACUACCAUUUGAGAAUGGCACCUGGGACACUAGCGUUUGGAAUAUGGAGGAAACCACCUAUUGAUGUUUUUCUAAAAGUUUAUGUCUUUAACAUUACUAAUCCUAAAGAAUUUUUAAGUGGGAAAGAACAACUGAAAGUUGAAGAAAUUGGACCAUACGUUUAUCAAGAAAUAUUGGAACACAAAAAUAUAAUAUUUAACGAUAAUGGAACAAUGACGUAUUCUCCAAAGAGGAAUAUACUUUAUGUCCCAGAAAUGUCGGUGGGAGAUCCUUGGAAAGACAUUGUCACAGUACCAAAUGUACCAGUGUUGGGAGUUACUUCAGCACUUCACGACAAAGGCUUUCUGGUGAAUUUCCCUCUGACUCAAUUUGUAAAUGCAAUGGGUGCAAAACCAAUUCUCAACAUGUCCGUCUAUGAUUAUUUAUGGGGCUAUCAUGAUCCAAUAGUGAAAUUGGCAGGCAACAUUGUACCAGGCUUUAUAAAUUUUCAGAAAUUUGGUUUGCUGGAUAGGAUGUAUGAUGAAGGAGACAAUAUUGUAAUUAUGAAUGUAAAACACAAUAAGAAUAUGACUGAUGAAAAUGGACGCUAUCUAAGUAUCGAGACUUACAAUGGAAGUCCAGGAUUAUCUCAAUGGGGAUACGUAAAACAAAAAGGAAAUGAAACCCCUGAAGAAGAUACGACCUGCAAUACAAUUAAAGGAGCAACUGAAGGAACUUUAUUGCCUAAUCAUUUGGAUAAGCAUGCUGUAUUUAGAGUCUACAGAAAAUCUUUUUGCAGAGCUCUUCCAAUUGUUUUCCAAGAGGAAUCGGUAUUACAUGAAGGAAUCGCUGCCUAUCGGUAUGGAUUAGCGGAGAAUUCUUUUGAUCCACCAGAUAUGAAUCCAGAAAAUCAAUGUUUUUGUAAAAAGAACACUAAAUGUUUAAAAAAGGGACUUUCAGAAAUAACGCCAUGUUACUACAAGAUUCCUACUGCAGUAUCAUAUCCCCAUUUUUUGGACGCUGACCCCAGUUUAACGAAGGGAAUUCAAGGUCUUAAGGCAGAUCGAAAAAAACAUGAGACCAUAAUUUAUGUGCAACCGGAUAUUGGAAUACCUAUGAGAGUUCAAUCUAGAAUUCAAAUAAAUCUUGUUAUGUAUGAGUCGCCUCAUAAUCCGAAAAUGUCCGCAUUCAAUGGUUUAACUGUGCCACUUAUUUGGACUGAACUGCUCAUACCUCAAUUACCAAGCGACUUGCUGUGGAUAAUCAAAUUUUCAACAAUUAUUGGUCCAAAAAUAAUGACGGCCUUCAUUUGCAUUUUGGUAAUUUCCGGAGCCGGCCUCAUAUCUUUAUCAAUGGCUGGUACUCUUUGGGUGUUAAAUCAACAACAAGAAGAAGAAAGUGGUAGAAGAGAUAGUUGUGAUCUAAGAAUUCCUUUAGGCUACGGUCAAUAUACAGGUAUAAAAAUUCUACCUGCAAUCAAGAAAAUCACAUCAAGAACAGAUAUCUUCGUAUAAUGCUUAAUAAUAAUCAAUAAACUUUUUUUGUUCUUUGCGUUUGAGAGUGCGUGUACCUGUGCGUAUUGUUAAUUUCACAAUUGUCUUGCUCAAUCUUAGUAAAUGAAAGUACUUUUGUAAAUAGAAGCGCGAACCGAGCAAUUCGUUGUGUCAGUCAGAUACAAUAUGAAAUUUAGAAUAGUUUUUAUUAUGUUUAUUUGGUGUAAAUAAAGAAAUCGUUAGAGAUAUAAACAUUGAUUAAAUACACAACAUUGUCUGUCAAAAGUUGUAACUUAAAAAAAACAUAGUUUUUAGUUGCUAAAAAACAGUAGAUUUUUAAUUUUUUAUCAAAUAAUUGAAAAAUGUUCUUAACUUUUAAUAAUAAAUAAAGUUUUCACAAGUA